GAACAAUGAACAUGAAUCGCUCGCCGGUGCGAGGGUGAUCGUCAGCAAGGCCAUCGGUGAUGGUUUUGAUUCGAAAGCCAAGGUAAUAGGUCAAUCGGGACUCAACAUUGCCGUGCUUGAUGAUGCAAUUGUAGCUAAAAUUGAGGGUGAGAGAGAAGAGAGAAAGACAAGAGAAAAAUGA